AUGAAAGCGAUAAAAAAUCUUCAUUUAGACAACAUUACAAAUGACCUUCGACGCAACCUUAGUUCAGUAAAUACUAGAGCAAACAGCGAUACCAAACAUUUAAAUAAAUUAUUGACAUCGGAGAGAGGAGUAUGGAAUGCAUUAAGUACUUUAACUUUGGAACAAAAUGAAGCAGCAAAGUAUUUAAAUAUUUGGGGAAGAAGCGAAGAUGUUGAUUUGGCUGAUGUAACAGAUAAAGUUGGUACUUUAUUAGUAAAAAUAUCAGAAGCCGAAGGAAUUUUAGCUAAUAAACUUGCACAAUAUCGUGCACAAUUGAAAGAAAUACGUACCAGAGAAGAUAGAAUGAAGGAGCAACGUAGUAAAAAAGAAGCAUUAUGGAAUAAAAUUGAAAGAGAAGAACGUAAACCAAAAAGAUCAGAUCUCGCCGAACAAAAAUUAAGCGAAUUACAUUCUGAGUUGAAUAGAGCUGAAUCAGAAAGUCUUGAAGAGGAAACAGCUUUGGCAGACUUUAAGAGACAAAGACUGAGAGAUGCUUUAACAUUACAAUUGGAAUCAUUUUAUGAAUUUGGAGAAAAAUUAAUAAUGAUUACAGGAUUUUGCAAAGAAAUUGUUGAUCAAAUUCCUAUAGAAACCACUACACCUGGUGAACCGAGAGCUCCUUAUUAUGGAAAAGAUAAAACAACAACAUCAUUUUCAAAUUGUAUUUCAUCUCUUUCUUCAUGGACAACACCACAAGAACUUUAUCCAAUAGUUCCACAAAGAACACACGCCGCUGUACCAAUUACUACUGCUGCUAAUGCAUCGCCAAUUUUUAAACCUCAAUAUUCAGAGUCAACAACAAAUCAUGAAGCUAAUUAUGAUGAUAAACGUUUACCCACUACUCCUCAAAAUUUAUCACAAGACUUGUCUCAACAAAAUAUGGCUACCAAACUAUUGCCUCAACAGCAAAUUUAUCAACCAACUCAAGAAUCAGCUCAGCAACAAGUACCUCAACAAGUGCCCCAACAAGUACCUCAACAAACGGCUCAACAAGUACCUCAACAAGUACCCCAACAAGUACCCCAACAAUUGCUUCAACAAACGGCUCAACAAUAUGAUGGGUCAAGAUUAUAUACUCCUCCUCCUUCUUCUAUGCAACAGUCACCACAUCAACAUGAUAGGCCACAAUUAUAUUCUACUCCUCCUCAUUCUAUGCAACAGUCACCACAUCAACUUCUUCCUGAAUUUAAAAGAACAAGUAGUCUUUCAAAAAUUGUAUCCAAAUAUGGUUCAAGUAUUGAUUUAUCAGCUGCUUCACAAAAAUUAACUAGAGCUGCAGCCGCGUGA